GCUCCUGGGAGUGACCCUGAGCUCCUGGGGGCCUGUUUGAGUGCUGGGCUCUCCUGUUCUGCAGAGGGGUAUUCCUGUUUGGGUCCUCAUGCAUCUCCAGAUGCAUUGAUGUCAUCAGCUGUCUUCUUGCAGUGGUGUGUGGCUCUCCCAAGAGUUUGAGGUGCUGCUUUUCUCCUUUUAUUUUUGAUAAACCACAGAAAUGGGGCUUGUUGAGGCAAUACCCCAUGUAAGUCUUGCACAUAGCUUUUAACCUAAAAGUUCAUGUGCUGAAGCUAUUGCAUAGAUUUGUUACCUUCUGCUCCCAGGAACUUAAAAACAGAGACUUCAAGACCUUUCACUGUCCCCUACAACCACUGCAUGCUUCAAAAGCUGUUUCUUUUGUCCCAGUGUAGUUUCAUCUUGUGAUUCCUGUAAGUAUCCUGGCAUGAUGAGAGAGGGAGCUGUUGGGCACUGCUGUUCUUAAUUCAGGAUAUAAAGCUGAGAGCUCCUCUGCAUUAAGUAAAAGAGCAUCUUUGAAGCUGAGUGUUGUGCUAAGUGCUACUCUGGGACAUCAGGACCCCUUUAGGCUGCUCUCAAUGAAUCAACAUAAAUGAAUGUGGACACAGCCACAGGCCACCAAACUGCUCUGCAGAGCCCAUAGCUUCUCCCUGAGUAAGAGCAUGUCUCAGAUCAGGGAUCUGGAAUUCCAUGUUGGACAACCUCAGGUUAUAUAUAAAAAGCUUGCUGUGGUCUGGUUCUCCCUCAUCUUAUUUUUUGCUGGAAGGAGGACCAUGUCUGCAGCCUUCCUAAAGGUUUUUCUCAUCCUCAUCCUGCAGUUCCUGCAGAGCUCCAGGUUCUUCGGUGGCUUCACUUGUAGAGAUGAGGACUCGUGAGUUAGAAAUGGCAGUGUUGCAGAACAAUAAGCAAAAGCCUCGGUCUCUUCCAGUCUGAGCAGUCACUGGGCAGUGAUCAGGUCUGUUUUCAGUUACUUGUCCUAAAUUUCCUGCUUUCUGUAUCUGUAUCAAUAUGUGUAUGUGCACUUCAGGAACCACGGAGCAGGAGUUGAGCUGGACACCGGGAGGAGUAGAGGAGGUGCGUAAGAAAAGACCAGAUCUUAGAUCUUGGAGAUCAGAAUAACCUGGUGAGAGAAAGGUUAAGGAUUAUAAAAUGCCCAGAUUUCCUGAGGUCUGAGCAAUUAUUUAGGUCUUACCAGGCUCUCUGAAGAAAAGAAGCCUGUGGACUUACAAGAAACAAGGCUGACUCGUGGUAUUUGGAGGGAACAUCAGGUGAAGUUGUAGGGACUGCCUGUUGGAGACACUGGGGAGAGCCUCCAAGAAGAAAGCUGGCAAGAAUCUUGAUUCUCCAGCACACAAGACCAAGGAGCCACCAGCUGCUUAGCCACAGGCCUGUUGGUGCUUUGGAAAGCCCUAUAUUUGAGAUUAUCUCCCUCAAAUUUUAGGUUGUCUGCUUCCAGAAGUGGAGGUAACACAGCCAGGGCUCUGAAUCUCAGGAGGAAACUGGUUAGAAAUGUAUCCCUUUGCUGCUGAUGCUGUUAAACCAGUGUGUGAGGAGCAUUAGCAGCUUCACAAGAGACAGAGUGAGUUAGUAAGGAAUGCAAAAAUAUACCCUCCGCAGGUGCUACAGCCGCGUGAAGGAGCACGGCGUUGGCAAGAGGAAAAGCAGCUACACGUUUGAACAGCUGGAGCAGGUGUUUGGGCAGGGAGGAUGGGACUCCCAGCCCUGCCAGCCUGUGCUCAUCAACAGCAGUGGCUUGUACCAGGAGCUGGAGUCGGAUGGCAGCACCAUGGAGGAAUACUCUCAGGAGGACUGGGGAAACCACAGUCAGGAUCUUCACUGCUACCAGACUGGCGAGCAGGAAUUGGAUGAAAUGCCUACCACGAAAAGAACAUUAAAGAUAAAACAGGAAUCUUCAGAAGACACACAGAAGCGUGACGUCAUGCAGAACAUCAUGCAAAUCUUGGAGUCGGUCCAGUUGAAGUGGGAGCUGUUUCAGAGCUGGACGGACUUCUCCAGGCUCCACCUUUCUAACAAACUGGCCAUUUUUGGCAUUGGGUACAACACCCGCUGGAAGGAGGAUAUCCGUUACCACUACGCAGAGAUCAGCUCCCAGGUGCCCCUCGGCAAGCGGCUCCGGGAAUAUUUCAACUCGGAAAAACCGGAGGGUCGGGUGAUCAUGACCCGAGUACAGAAAAUGAACUGGAAAAAUGUUUAUUACAAAUUCCUGGAGAUCACCAUCAGCGAAGCCAGAUGCUUGGAGCUGCACAUGGAGAUCGACUGGAUUCCCAUCGCUCACUCCAAACCCACUGGAGGGAACGUGGUGCAGUAUUUAUUACCAGGAGGGAUCCCCAAAAGCCCUGGCCUGUACGCCAUUGGAUAUGAGGAGUGCCACGAGAAACUCCCCUCCCCUCUGGCCGAGCACCGGGCACCCGACCCCGGCAAUGAGACUCCAGGGGAGCUCGAGGUCCCCUCGCCACAGGCCUCCCUUCGGGUGGAUAUGGAAUCUGCCCGGAUUAUCUACUGUUACCUCGGCAUCGCCGAGGUCCGGACUCUCCAGCAGUGCCUGUUUUUACACUUCCAGGCAAACACCAAAACCUUCAGCAAAGAUUGGGUCGGGAUCAACGCCUUUUUAUCUCAGAACUGCGUCGUAGAGCCCGGUGUCUCACCCAAAUCCAUCUACAUCAAAUUUGUGGAAGUGGAGAGGGAUUUUCUGUCUGCCGGCUCUUUGGUAGAGUGCCUGGAAAAAGCCAUCGGGUACCCCUUAAAAUUUAACAACUGAGUCCCAUCCUUCAUAAGGAUCAGGGCUUUGCGCCCCAUUUUCCAUCUCACUGGGAUCCUGUCCGUUCACAUCCGGGCACGCUGGACUUUUCCGCCUGGAAGCGCGUUUUGGGGUGCGCGGAGGCCGCCGGGGCGCUCCCCAGGCGCCGCGCCCGGCUCUGGCCGGUUCCCCAGGGAGCGGCAGGAGGAGCGCCCGGCCCGCCAGACGACUCUCGGUACAUUCCACACGGGACAGGCUCGUCCACACGGCGUUUUCAUACAGAAACUGAGGGUUUGGUCUUUCCUUUAUUCCACGGUGUCUCAUUUGGAUGCAUCCGUCUCUGAGUGUUCCUGUGGAUCUGACUCAAUAAGCAAUAGAUAACGGCGAGGGAAACCCCAACGCCCGGCCCGGGGACUGUUUUUCAAAGCCACCCUUAGAUAUCUUGUAUAUAAUUUAGAACUUCACUUUUUUCACCAUCGAGUGUUCUCCUCUCUCCAAACAGUGUUGCCUGCAAAGACUUUGGGUUCUGUGACGUAUUCCACAUCCUUAGUAGCGUUGCCAUAUCUGCUUUUAUUUUAUUUUAUUUUUUUAACAUUAAAA